AUAUAUAUACACACACUCAUUCCUUCACUACUUCAAAUCUAAUUCGUAAUUCAAAAAUCUCUCUCUCCCUCUUUCUCUUUCUCGCUCAUUCCAAGUGCAUUCAAAUUUUCCCUCGACAACAACACGAUGCUUGCAAGUCUCAAAUCUGAAGAGUCGAGCGGCCAGUUGCAGGUCGUCGAAAGAGAUGAUAUGGAUGAAGAAAAUGACCUCUUCGAAGCUAUCGACAAACUGAUUUCUCAAGGCAUUAAUGCCGGAGAUGUGAAGAAGCUUCAGGAUGCAGGGAUAUUUACCUGCAAUGGAUUGAUGAUGCACACAAAGAAGAACUUAACUGGAAUCAAGGGUCUAUCUGAAGCCAAGGUUGAUAAGAUCUGUGAAGCUGCUGAAAAGCUUGUGAAUUCUGGUUAUAUUACUGGAAGUGAUGCACUGCUCAAAAGAAAGUCUGUGGUACGAAUUACAACUGGAAGCCAAGCGCUUGAUGAAUUGCUAGGAGGUGGGAUCGAGACACUGUCAAUUACAGAAGCAUUUGGAGAAUUCAGAUCAGGAAAAACACAACUUGCUCAUACUCUCUGUGUUUCCACUCAGCUGCCAACUAAUAUGCAUGGAGGCAAUGGAAAAGUUGCUUACAUUGACACUGAAGGAACUUUCCGACCUGACCGAAUUGUUGCCAUAGCUGAGAGAUUUGGAAUGGAUCCAGGGGCUGUACUGGACAAUAUUAUCUAUGCUCGUGCCUACACCUACGAGCAUCAGUAUAACCUCUUCCUUGGUUUGGCUGCUAAAAUGUCCGAAGAACCAUUCAGACUUCUGAUAGUGGAUUCGGUGAUUGCUCUGUUUCGGGUGGACUUCACCGGAAGAGGAGAGCUUGCUGAGCGCCAGCAAAAAUUGGCACAGAUGCUUUCUCGAUUAAUAAAAAUAGCUGAGGAAUUCAAUGUUGCAGUUUAUAUGACAAAUCAAGUCGUAGCUGAUCCAGGAGAUGGUAUGUUUGUUACUGAUCCGAAGAAACCAGCAGGAGGGCAUGUGCUAGCUCAUGCAGCCACAAUAAGGCUGAUGUUUAGGAAAGGGAAAGGUGAACAGCGUGUUUGCAAAGUGUUUGAUGCCCCAAACCUGCCAGAGGCUGAAGCAGUAUUCCAGAUAACACCAGGGGGAAUUGCUGAUGCAAAGGACUGACGCAGCUGCUUCAGACUUUUGAAGCUAUUCCACAUAUAUAGUUCUCUAGCACUAAUUCACUAUGAAGCAGUGGGAGAACCAGCUACGAAUCUAGUGCCUAUCAAAACUAUAAUGCAAUGUGAGUUUUCAGAAUCUGGAUCAGUGUCUAAUGGGAGGGCGCCACUGUAAGUGAGUUUUUGUAGCGAAUUCUAUACAUGGAUCAAUUCAAGAAAUUUUGAGUGGUAUUUCAGAAGAAGGACUUGAAUUUUCUUUUGCCUUGUCAGCAUCACAACUUUCAGCAUCAGUAGCAGCACACUCUGGAAUAUUAAUGUCUUCUGCAGGUGAAAAAUCAUUUCACUCUUCGUGCUCUUCAUCUAUACUCAGCACUUUGAAAUUCUUAAGAUGCCCUUCAGCAGUAGUCAAAGUUUCAGAAUGCUUAAUGUUCUCAAGCUCAGAAGCAAUGUGAGUUUUUGUAGGCGUACAAUGUUACUCCAGUGAGAGCUUGUAUUGCAAACACAAUACAUGGACUUGUUAGUAGUUCUACAAGAGGAUAGUCAACUCUCAAGGUAGUAAUCAAACUUCCGUCAGCCUUGUCUCCAUUUUCAAGGACUCUCAUAUGGUCUUUCACAGUAGCUUGGUUCUCCAUAGGCCAAAAGGAAAAACAUUCUUGAUCAUUGUCAAUUCCAUGCUUCUCUACAGAUUUCUCAAGAAGCUUUUUCAGGGAAAACAAUUUCUCAAGAAGCUUUGUAUAGUUAAACAAAUACAAAACUGAUGAAAGGAAACAUAAUAGCAUUGGUCGUGUAUUAUUUAGAUGGAACUCAAUGAUGUUAACCCCAAGAGAAAAAGGAAAAAGGUUAGAACUUUGCACUGACGAGAAAUGUGUUCAAGAGAUAGACGUAGACAUAAGAUUAUCCUGCACAAGCAGCAAUUGGGAUCUGUUGAUCAUUGGCUAUUGCAUCCAAAUUCGAGAUCUGAGCCUCUCAUCCAUGGCAACUAACAGUGUUGGUUUCAUGAUUGGCAAAGAAUUAUAGACUGGAGUCCGUAGAAGUAGAAAUCUCUACAGAGAAAUAAUUUUAAGAAGACAGAGAAGGCGGCGGGAAAACCAUGACAAAAACCCAUUAAGAGUACACUUUUAUUGAAGAAAAACAGCUACAAUCCCUUUUCCGCUGCUUGCUUAUAUGAAGACGAUAUCAGUCUCUUCUGAGACUGAAGAAGAACAGAUAAGAAAUCUAUUAUAAAACAGAAUGAAAAUGUACAGACAUUGCUAGCACUUUGAGGGGAUUGCUUUCUCCUUCCAAAACCUCGCCUGCAAUUCGCUUACCUUUCCCCUCUGGCCCUCUCCCCUCUUCUCCUUUUAUCUCAUUCCUACGAAUUUCACACUAGUUUCUAAGCUCAUGUAGACCUAGGAUUGCAAUCUGGUGGGUCAGAGUAGAAUCCCGGUGGGAGUUCAUAAAAUCAAUGGAUCGGUGAUUUCGACCUAGUAAUCGUUGAUUAGAGUAGAAUCAUUGGGGACUUAAAAUUGAUGGGAUGGGUAUUUCAUCCUAGUAAUUCUUCUGGACCCCUCAAUCAAUUUUGUACUCUAAGCUCACUAGUAUCACAGCACAUCAAAACAAUAAAUCUAAUGCCUCAAACAUAAAACAACAUUUUCUGCAAUUAAUUUGCUAAAAUCAAUUCUCCUCACAGUCAUUUUGACCUUCCCUUCAAAACCAUCUUAACUUCCAAAUCUUUUCUAUUUCCACUAGUGUAGUAUUCCAGCCCUUUCUUCCAUGAAAAGCCCCAGACAGACUUGACAAGCAACAUAACUUGAUCAAAGUAUACCAAGCACAGAAGCAAGGUUUUAAAUUGUUGUCACAGUUGCAGGUGCAAUUGUGUCAUAAUCCUUGAAAUUGCAUACAAAUGUGGCUGAUGCAGCCGCAAUUACAGUUGCAGACCAUUGUUAUCAUUGGCGUCCGGUGAAUUAUGGCUGCCAGGCAAAAACCUGCCGUAUAAAUAUGGGGUUGUGGCUCAUGUCC